UGUUCAAGUUCGGAAAUCUUAUUAUGUUCGCCUUACUAGCCUUGGACCAUCGCGGAUAUGCUGUGCCUCGGGAGGUCCACCAAUCCGUGUGUCUACUCUCGGAUGCCCCAAACCAAUGCGGGGCUUUUACCCUCUCCAGACUGGGGCCCCUGUUCGCCGACAUGGAUGAGUUGAAGAUUAGACUAAGUGAAUCCAAAAUACAAGCAGUACAAGAGAGGGUGGAAAACAAUAUAAGAGAAGUCGUGGAAACUGAAAUGCAAGCAGUAAGAAACAGAAUUCAAGCUCUGGAAGAAACCUUGCUAUCGGUUUCAAAGAAGUUUGAAGGCCAAUUACAAUCGAGUUUGGACAGGAUGCAAGACCAACUGAAAGCAGUACAGAAUAAACUGGAGCGAGACUCAGUUACUGGGCUAAAAGACAUUCCUCCGAAUUUCGAGCUGAUCGGAUCCAGGUAUUUUUAUAUCGAAGACAAAGUUUGGCAAAAUUUUACAACUGCUGCCAGUACCUGUCGCCAAAUGGGUGGGUAUCUGGCCUCCAUUAAGGACGAAGAAGAGCUAAACCUUAUCCGCAUGAAACUCGAGAACGAAGAACCCUACUGGCUGGGCACCAACGAUCACAAAGAAAAGGGCAGUUUUGUGUCGUUGGCCUCCGGAAAACCAGCCUUUUUAAAUAUCGAUCUGGAAAACAUGAUGAUGUACGAUUGUGAUUUGGAAAGCUACUUUAUAUGCCAAGCUGAUAAAGAAAUAUAAUAGAACAAAUUAAAUGUUUGUGUACAAAUUACAAAAAUUAAAACAUUUUCAAUAAUAAAAUAAAAAAAUUUAGGUUUAAAUUUCCUUUUAAUAUAAACAUUAGACUAUGGCGACACAUUAAUUAUGAAUCUAAUUACAAUAUGAUCACAAUCAAAGUAAAGUAAAGUAAAUAAGAAUUCAAUAUUUUACUCUCUGAAAGAGUAUACAAAAAAUAAAUACAUAAGUAAGUGAUAAGCCACACAAGUCGGUGUCAAAAGUUAUCAAUUUUUAACUCUACAGUAAUUACUGUAAUUUGCUCUACUGUAAUUUAAGGAGAAAACACUUAAAAACGAAAUAAAAAAACAACUGUAUAUCAGUAGUAAUAACUUUAAUAAAUACAAAAAGACGCAAAAUAAAUUAUGAAUUACUCGCUAAUACGCAGUGACAUAAUAAGAAAAACUAUUUCUAAUAACUUCUCAAAAAAUAUUUCAUUUUGAAAAAUU